UUCUUUGUUUGGAAUUUGGAGCUUAUUUCUGAAAGUCCAGCAAAGAAUGUGGACAUGUUCUUUGUCUUUAACAAAAAACAUUGAGUUAAUCAGUUUACAGAUUGAAUUCCUCUGACCACUCCCCGUUCCUCUGAACUCUACGCUGCAUAUAAGGUUUAAAAGGGAGUGUACGUAUCAUAACACUACCUCACACUUUUGCUCUCUCUCUCUCUCUCACACACACACACACACACACACACAGACAAUCUUUCAUCUUAUGUUGCAUCUCACCAUGUGGAAUAACAGCUCUGAAAGUAAUGCCACCUCCAUGGCUGGGAGCACAGGGGUCAUUGAGCAGGCACUGGGGCUGACUUUAGCUGUCAUGUUAGGGCUGGUGAUUUUCUCCCUGGGUUGCUCGGUGGAGGUGAGUAAGAUCUGGUUCAACCUGAAGCGCCCGUGGGGUAUCUUGGUCGGGCUGGUGUGCCAGGUCGUGGUGAUGCCCCUCACCUCGUACCUGCUGGCUCUGGCAUUCUCCGUGUCACCAGUGCAGGCUGUCGCCAUCAUCGUCAUUGGGUCCUGUCCUGGAGGAACCAUCUCUAACAUCAUCACAUACUGGCUGGACGGCGACAUGGACCUUAGGUACGAUAUGUCAAAUACUUAUUACCUAAGAACUGCUGCUGUAAUCAUGAAGACUGUCCUGUACUCAUCCCAGAGCUCAAUACUUAGACUUUAG